AUGGAUACAAACAUUGACUCUCCGGCACCGGAAUCUUCGUCGCCGGUAUACCACCCAGCAGUGGCACCACUUUCCUAUCUUCUUGGAACAUGGAGAGGACAAGGAGAAGGAGGCUACCCCACCAUCAAUUCAUUUUCCUACGGUGAAGAACUUCACUUCUAUCAUCCACCUAACAAGCCUGUGAUAGGGUACACUCAGAAGACAUGGAAACUCAAUUCUGGAGAGCCUAUGCAUUCUGAAAGUGGAUACUGGCGUCCUAAACCUAAUGGAACCAUUGAAGUUGUCAUUGCUCAAAGCAAUGGUCUUGUUGAAGUUCAGAAAGGAACAUAUAACAUUGAAGAGAAAGUGAUACAGCUUCAAAGUGACCUUGUGGGGAAUGCUUCCAAGGUUACGGGGAUUCAAAGAUGUUUUCGACUAGUUGAAGGGAAUCUUUCUUAUGAGGUUGAGAUGUCUACUCAUUCAGUUAACCUUCAGCCACACUUGAAAGCCACACUGAAGAAACUCUAA